CAAUUUCUGAAGAGGACAGCAGCCUCAACUGAGCUCUGAGCACAGCUGAGAAUCUCACUGCAGUCAUGAGCAAGGCCACUGAAACAUCCUUGGAGAGCAGCUUACAGCAACUAAAAUGUCAUUUCACCUGGAACUUGAUAGAGGAAGAAGAAUCUUUGGAUGAGUUUGAGGACAAGGUGUUUAACGUGUAUGAGUUUCUGAACAGUGAAUUUACAGCCACACUAUGCAACAUACUGGCCUACGUGAAGCAACGCCAAGGCGACAAUGAGGCAGCCCUGGAAUGCUUAGGGCAAGCAGCAGACUUCAUCCAGCGAGAGUAUGCUGACCAAGCAGAAAUCAGAAGUCUGGUCACUUGGGGAAACUAUGCCUGGGUCUACUACCACAUGGGGCGACUCACCGAAGCUCAGGCUUAUGUUGACAAGGUGAGACAGGUCUGCAAGAAAUUUGCCAGCCCCUAUAGGAUCGAGAGGCCCGAGCUUGACGGUGAGGAAGGGUGGGCACGGUUGAAGUGUACAAAAAAUCUAAAUGAAAGAGGGAAGGUGUGUUUUGAGAAGGCUCUGGAAAAGAGCCCAAGGAACCCAGAAUUCACCGAGGGAUGGGCCAUUGCGAUCUCCCGUCUGGAUUACAGGCCAGCAUCUCAGGACCCCAUUGAGCCUCUGAAGCAAGCCAUUGCAUUGAACGGUGACAACCAGUAUGUUAAAGUCCUCUUGGCUCUGAAACUUCAGAAGACAUAUGAAGUCGACAGAGCCGAGAGGCUCGUUGAAGAAGCCUUAGAGAAAGCCCCAGAUGCAACAGAUGUACUGCGCAUGGCAGCCAAGUUUUACCAGAAGAAAGGGGUCCUGGACAAAGCCAUUGAGCUGCUUGGGAAGGUUUCAGAGUGCUUGCCAAACAAUGCCUACGUGCAUUUCCAUAUCGGGUGCCUCUAUAGGUCAAAAGUCCUGCAAAGGCUGAACAUAAGGGCAAGUGAAAUAAGUGAGGAAAGAGAGAAAUCAGUGGACCUGGUAGAGCGAGCUGUGUGUCACUUAAAGAAGGCCCAUGAGCUCAACGGGUCUCUCGUCCACGUGUGCAGCUACCUUGCUGGUCUUUACGCUAUGGCGGAUCAGUUCGAACAGGCAGACUAUUACUUCCAAAAAGAAUUCAGCAAGCCCUUGGCUCCUGCCGCGAAACAGCUGCUCCACCUGCGAUACGCCAACUUUCAACUGUACCAAAUGAAGUGUGAAGACGAGGCCAUUCACCAUUUUAUGGAGGGUAUGAAAAUAAAGCAGGAAUCAAAGGAAAAAGAAAAAAUGAAAUACAAACUCCAGAAAAUUGCCCAUGGGCGGCUUUCUAAAAAUGACUCAGAUCCUAAAGCGUUGCAUGUCCUGAUGUUUCUUCGGGAGAUGAGCAAAGGAGGGCUGACGGAAACUCUGACAGGGACCAGGCUCUGAAAGCCUCCACCCUGCAGCGCCCUUACAUGAGGCAGAGGAAUGAAGAAAAGGGGCAUGCCGGGCGUGGUGGCGCACGCCUUUAAUCCCAGCACUUGGGAGGCAGAGGUAGGAGGAUCGCCGUG